GCGCUCGUUGAGGGUCGCACGCCAGUGAAGCCCCGCCCCAGCCGACGCCAGCCAGGAGGACGCCGGGCCGGGAUCCUAACCUCGGACCGCGGCAGCCGCCAUCUCGCGUCCUGGCAGCAGCGGUUUGCGCCUGCCGGGAGCGGAGCCUUAGGGAACCCGCCGAGCUGCUGCCCGGACCCAAGAUGGCGGCUCGGUCGGGCACGACGAGUGACGCGGGUGUGAGGAGGAGCGCGACCAUGGCGGCGACCGGCCGGCGGCGUCAGGAGGACGCUGUUGAGGAAGAAGAGGAGCAGUUGGUGCUGGUGGAAUUGUCAGGAAUUAUGGACUCGGACUUUCUCUCCAAGUGUGAAAAUAAAUGCAAGAUUUUGGGGAUUGAUACCGAGAGGCCCAUCCUGCAGGUGGACCGCUAUGUCUUUGCUGGGGAGUAUGAAGACACUCUUGGGACCUGUGUUAUAUUUGAAGAAAAUGUGGAAAAUGUGGAUGCAGAUGGCAGUAGCAGAACAGUGCUGAAGUAUAAAUGCCACACAAUGAAGAAGCUCAGCAUGACAAGAACUCUGCUGACAGAAAAGAAGGAAGGAGAAGAAGAAAAUAUAGGCGGCGUGGAAUGGCUGCAAAUCAAGGACAAUGAUUUCUCCUUCAGACCCAACAUGAUCUGUAGCUUCCUGCACGAGCAUGAAGAGGAAGAAGCAAUAGCUGCAGCCUCAGAUAAACCUCCGGAGCUAGAAGAGCAGGAGGUGCAAAUGAAAGACAGUUCAGAGCUGAUUGCCGAACAGGAGAAGCUGCAGGGCCUGGCAGGGCAGAAUUCUGGUCCUUCUGCUGACACCCAUUCUUCCCAGAAAAAAGAUUCUGGUUUUAUGGAAACUCAAGAUGCUGCCUUAGAAACCACCCCUAGGUGAAAUGUUUCUCCUGACUGGUCAUGAACUU